AAAAAAUCUCACACCCUUUUCACCAAAAAAAAAAAAAAGCUAAAGAGAUCUUUCAAGAAGCUCGAAAACAUGGUGGCUAGGAAGGAGAAGAACAGUGCAAAACGCAGGAAGCUUCAUUUUCCGACAAAUCUCUCUGACUGCAAACUUAAAGCGGUGAUCGGAGAGGCACUCGUAUUAUACAUAUCAUUGCUCAAACUCAAGAUCGAAGCCUUGAAUCAGAUUAAGAACCAAUAUGAGUUCGAGGAAGUGAAGGUGGAGAAGAUUGAGGAGAGGUUCCAAGUAAAGGUAAGAUGCCAAAGGGGAGGGCAUAAGCUCGUGCAAGUUCUUGAAGCAUUUGAGGAAAUGGGAUUGGAAGUGAUUCAAGCACGAGUUUCAUGCCAAGGCUCAUUCUCCAUGGAAGCCAUUGUUGAACCCCGAGACCAAGGAGCAAAGGUGGUGUGGGAUGUUGAUUAUAUGACCCAAAUCCUCGUUCAAGCGCUUGUAAAGCCAAAUGGGUGAGAGAGAAUGAAAUGUAAUAUUGGAAGAGAGAGAGAGAAACCGAAGAUAUAAUUUUCCUAUUUUGAUAAAGAACCGACCUAUGUCUAGUAAUCAGUAGCGGAUCUAGAAAAAUUUGUAAACGGAUCCAUAGUAAUAUACAUGUAAUUUCGUAGGGACAAAUUUAAUUUUAUUACAGAGGCAUUUAUCAA